AUGGCCCCCUCCGCAACCUCCCCUCCCCCAACCACCACCGGUCAACCCAUCGACCUGCAGAGCAACUACGUCCAGAUCAUCAACGGCAAAAGCGCUCCAACCGAACACACCCGCCACGGCAUCAACCCAGCGUCCCUCGAGCCCAAGCCCGCCGUGCCCGUGGCCACGCAGGCGGACCUCGACCGCGCCGUCGACGCCGCCAGGGCCGCCUUCAAGAAGUGGUCCCGCGUCCCCUACGAGGAGCGCCGGGCCGCGGUGCUGGCCUUUGCGGAUGCCAUUGACAGGCAGCGCGUCGAGUUUCGGGACCUGUUGAUUUCGGAGCAGGGGAAGCCUAUCCCCCAAGCAGAUGGCGAGACGGACGCCGCCAUCGAGUGGAUCAGGGGCAUGUCCAACAUCAAGCUCCCCGAGGAAGUCGUCGAGGACAACGACAGGCACACCGUCAUCACGCGGUACACGCCCCUGGGCGUCGUCGCCGCCAUCGUCCCCUGGAAUUUUCCCCUGCUGCUCGCCACGGGCAAGAUUGCGCCGGCCUUGCUCACGGGGAACGUCAUCAUUGUCAAGCCUUCCCCGUUUACCCCCUACUGCGGCCUCAAGGUCGUCGAGCUGGCGCAGCAAUUCUUCCCUCCAGGCGUCGUCCAGUCUCUCAGCGGUAACGACAACCUGGGGCCGUGGCUCACGAGCCAUCCCGGCAUCGACAAGAUCAGCUUUACCGGCUCGACGGCGACGGGAAAGCUGGUCAUGCAGAGCGCUUCCAAGACCCUAAAGAGAGUCACUCUUGAGCUCGGCGGCAACGACCCAGCCAUCAUCUUCCCAGACGUCGACGUCGACAAGGUCGCCGAAAAGGUCGCCCUCUACGCCUUCCUAAACUCGGGCCAGGUCUGCCUCAACCUCAAGCGCAUCUACGCCCACGAGGACAUCUACGACCAGUUCCGCGACGCAAUGGUCAAGCACGUCCGGGCCUACGCCCUCGGCGACGGCGCCCAGCCGGGCGUCACCCACGGCCCGCUGCAGAACGCCAUGCAGUACGACCGCGUCAAGACCUUCUUCGACGACAUCGAGAGGCAGGGGUGGAAGGUCGCCGUCGGGGGCAAGAUCGAGGCCCCGGAGAAGGGGUACUAUGUUGCCCCGACGGUGAUUGAUCGGCCGCCGGAGGACUCGAGGAUUGUCGUCGAGGAGCCUUUUGGCCCCAUUGUUCCUCUCCUCUCGUGGUCCUCCGAAGAAGACGUCAUCGCCCGCGCAAACAACACCUCCAUGGGCCUCGGCGCCUCCAUCUGGUCCAACGACAUCGACAAGGCUGCCCGCAUCGGCCGCGAGAUCGAGGCCGGCACCGUCUGGAUCAACACCCACUUCGAGAUAUCACCCAUCGUGCCCUUCGGAGGGCAUAAGGAGAGCGGCAUCGGCGCCGAGUGGGGGACCAACGGCCUCAAGAGCUUCUGUAACGUCCAGUCCAUGUUUGUCAACAAGCAUGUCGUCAGCUAG